AUGUCUACCCCUGGACCAACUAGCGCGUCUGCUAUGAAGUCAGACCAGUCGCCGUCGCCGACAUCCUCUGCCACUUCCAAUUCGAAAUCACAGUCGGCGCAGUCGAGAAGGCCUCCGCGCAAGAGCACCCUGACGCAGCAGCAAAAGAACCAGAAGCGUCAGCGUGCAACUCAAGACCAGUUGACAACGUUGGAGAUGGAGUUCAACAAAAACCCUACCCCCACAGCCAAUGUUCGGGAAAGGAUUGCGGAUGAGAUCAACAUGACCGAAAGGUCUGUGCAGAUCUGGUUCCAAAACAGGCGUGCCAAGAUCAAGCUGCUGGCCAAGAAGAGCUUGGAGACGGGCGAAGAUAUCGACUCGAUACCCGAGUCCAUGAGGGCCUAUCUGGCUAUGCAGGCAAUGGAGUCCGGCAAAGGAAUGGGCGGUGCCUUUCUCGGUAGAACCGGCCUCGUGCCGUAUGGCACGUCUAUGAUGUUGGGUGGUGACCAAGGCGGCCAGGGCAAGGUCCUCAUCCACCAUUUGACCUGCCGCUCCUUGACCAUUGGCAAGUGGACUCGUGUUGGGCAAAACACUAUGGAUCUGAUCAUCUUCUACUCGCCUGAGAAGUGCACUAUGACGUACUACAUCAACAACGAACAGGCUGGGUACAAGAUUGAGUACCACUUUAGCGCCAUCAAGAGUAUCUCCCUCGAUAACCCUGAAGGCGACCCGAACAGGCCCGCCGGCAUUGUCAUCGAGCUGAACCGGCCACCGAACUUCUUCAUGGAUUCUUCGCCCAACUCAAAUGGAUUCUUCCAAUGCGGUGAUUUCACAGAGGACCAACAGGCUACUCAAUGCUUCGUGCAUCACCUUGGUGGAACUCCAAAGGUCCUGAGUGGUCAAUUGGCAAAGCUCGUGUCUUUGGAGUCCUUCAUGAACAGGCACAACCCUCAUUCGUUCAUGGACCAACAGCACGCCAUCGCCAUGUCAGCACCUGUUUCGCCCACUGCGCGUCCUUCUUCACAACCCAAUUUCGCACAGCCUCACAUUGGAAUGUUCCAGGAAUCUCAAUGGGGUAUUAGUCCAAUGCAUCCAGGCAUGCGCGCCGGCCCCGGGCACAAGCGCCAGCGCAGUCGAUCAGUCCCUGCUCCUGUUGAUUUUUCGCUAUUCCAGAACCCGAUGCCUUCAUUCUUCAUCCAACACCCUGGCGAGACACAACCUCAUCCCCACAACCCCAACGUGUUUGCGCCCGUACCACAACACCCACACCAGCUCAGUCCUGUAGGUCCUGGUCUACGUAUUGAUACUCAGGCGGGAUAUGGUAUGGAUUUACGGCCUUAUCCUCUGUCUGCCACCAGCGCUCCCUCAGAAUACUCCACCAACUCCAACUACUUCUCACAGGCACCUGAGAACACUCCACUCCCAGCAUCAAACUACAACACCCCAUAUAGCAGCACAUUCCUGUCCCCCAUGGUUCAGCCUCAGAGCAUGGUCCCUCAAUCAGUGUCGCCUCUCCCAUUCGGACACGGAGACCCUGCCAUUGUUGAGCAGUCUCCGCCAAUGGGUCUCAUGCGUAGCGCAUCUGCUGAUAUCUACCCUAUGGGUGAUUCUGCCGUCUCAGAUGAUGGCCACAGCCUCAAUGAGAUGUACCAGAAGCACAGCAUCAACCUGCCAAUGCACCCACAUUCGCCCGCCUUCGUUGAACACAAUCAAGCUGACCUGGACAUGAGCCAACUGGUCCAAUUUGAUGGAAUGGACCACGGCACCCCCGAGAGCAUGGCUCAUCAUCAACAUUGA